CGGCGAGGCGCCGCGGCUCGCGCGCGACAUGGCGCUGCCCGCCAUCCGCUUCCCCAACGAGGUGGUGAUCCGCGUGCACGCCGCCAGCCUCAACCCCAUGGACCUCAGCAUGAGGAGUGGUUAUGGUGCCACUGCUUUAAAUAUGAAGCGGGAUCCCCUGAAACUGAAUAGUGCAGACAGUGAAUUUCCACUGACGCUCGGCCGAGAUGCCUCCGGUGAAGUUAUGGAAUGCGGACUAAGUGUGUCUUAUUUCAAACCUGGAGAUAAGGUAUGGGCAGCAAUUCCUCCGUGGAAACAAGGCACCUUGUCAGAGUUUGUUGUAGCUAGUGGAAAUGAGGUGUCUUUUAAGCCCAAAUGCCUCAGUCACACAGAAGCUGCCUCCUUACCCUAUGUAGGUCUCACAGCAUGGUCUGCAAUUAAUAAAGUUGGAGGACUAAACAAAGAAAAUUGUGCUGGGAAGAGAGUAUUAAUAUUAGGAGCUUCAGGAGGAGUUGGCACAUUUGCUAUACAGCUAGUGAAGGCCUGGGGUGCUCAUGUGACAGCAGUUUGUUCUGAUGAUGCCAGCCCUCUGGUGAAAAAGCUUGGAGCAGAUGAUGUGAUUGAUUACAGAUCUGGAAAUUUGGAAGAGCAGCUUAAAGCGUUACCCUUAUUUGAUUUCAUCCUAGAUAAUGUUGGCGGAUCCACCGAGAAGUGGGCUCUGGAUCUCCUGAAGAAAUGGUCGGGAGCAACGUAUGUUACCUUAGUAACACCCUUCCUAGUCAAUAUGGACCGGCUGGGAGUGGCUGAUGGCAUGUUGCGCACAGGAGUCACUAUUGGUUCCAAAACUGUAAAGCAUCUUUGCAAAGGAGUCCAUUAUCGGUGGGCGUUUUUUAUGCCAAGUGGCCCGUAUUUGGAUGAAAUAGCAGAACUGGUUGAGUCUGGAAAGAUCCACCCAGUUAUCGAUCAAGUCUUCUCUUUUUCUGAAGUUCCAGAAGCCUUUCUGAAAUUGGAAGGAGGACACGCACGAGGAAAAACAGUGAUCAAUGUCAUUGAUAAACAAUAAAGGUAUCUCUGAUGAUUGUUCUGCCAGCUGCCUCUCCUUAACUAGUCUAUGCCACUGGAACAUGAAUUUGGUAUAUAAAAACAAUUAUGUGUUAAAGAGGUCAGAAGAAGGAUGUAUCAUUAAAAAAAGACUUAGAAUUUUUUUAAAGUUGGUACUACUUUGCUUGUAUGUAAAUCUGUGGAACAAACAGUGCUGCCUUUCAUGGGCAGGUCUAAAUAAAAACUAUCUUCCACAUGUAGUCUUAACUCUUAUCAUAACUGAUCCCAAUAGAAGCGUGAAACAGAAUCAGGCUGUAGCUGAUAAUUAUUUUAAUGACCAAAGUCAAGGUCCAGGAGCCCCUGCUCUUUUCAUGCCCUCGUCACUGCUGGCAUUUCAUGGUGUUUGGUUUCCAACUCAUUUUUGCCAGGGGUGGGAUAAGGAGCAACUCCCCAUGCAGGCAGAUCUCCACAGUGGUAACCUGGUUAUCCAGAACUGCCCCUUUCACCUGUAUGCAGCUCAGG